AGGUUUCUGUUGGAUUCCAAAACACGCACGAGAAUAACAAUUAUAAGCGCCAAAAAAUAAUUACACACGAAGUAUACAUGGCCACCACUACUUCACCGUCCGCACUACCUUGCUCCACCCUUACCUGGAUCAUCUUCCUUCCCGGACUCGAGGGUGGCGUCAACGGGCGCAAGAGCAAGUACCUGCAGGCAAGGUACAACAAAACGUCGUCGACAUCAUGGAACAACGAUUCCAAUCCAGCUCGAGACGAGCAUGAUGCUGCUGAGGACACCCGCCCUGGAGGUGGAACGACGUCGCACAGGACGAGCUCCUCCUCAACACGUCGUCCCUCACCCGAAGUCCUCGUGACUCCAAUCAACAUGCAGAUGGGUAUUUUCCAGAAGCGCAACUCGCUGUCCCAGAACUCCUUUUCCUUCGAAACUUCGGUGGAAAAAUGCGUGGAAACGGCGAAGCAGGAGAUUCUGAAAGAGUACCAAACCCGGUCCAGAGUGCUUGGCGGGAGAGUGGGAUACUAUGUGGAUAGAGCAGAAAGUAGCUAUGACGUUCCGGAAACAGCAAACAACGCAACAAUCUCCACCUCACGGAGGACAUCUUCUACCACAAAACCCUUGAAAAUCCUCCUCAUCGGCUCUUCCUGGGGCGGUUUGAUUGCGUUGGAGCUGCUGCGCCAGUGGACGGAGUUAUUCUCUCCGUACCAGAUCGACGCAUUAGCGAAAGCGACCCCAGAGUCGCUUCUCCUAAUCGCUCCGGCGUUAAAGCCUCUACAGCACGCGUACCCGGUGAUGACGAGCCUACUACACACCUUCCUGCCUGGUGACUUCGAAAAUUACUUCGCGGAUACGGUGGAAAAACGAUACCUCUCUAUGAACAUUUCGGCAGAAAACAUUUGUCAUCGCCUUUCCGCAUCACAAACUCGGAUCUGGUUGUUGCACGGGGAUCAAGACUAUCAACUGCAAGAAUGUCUGGGUCUGGAAGAGUUCAUGCUUGUCAUGCUCGUCUGGCAUGACUCUGAAAUCUGUCAUGCAUGUUACCGAAGAGCCCCACUUUUCUGUCAUGCAGAAACGCCGUCUGCCAUGUAGAAUAUGCAGCACCUAAAAGCUCAGUAACUUGUCAUGCUGAGCCAGCACUUUUGGCCUCCUCAUAAUACGCCACCCAGCAGCACAAGUUUCCAGACCCAGACAGAUUUGCAAUGGAUAAAGACACGGUGAUCGACAUUGAGGGAAGUCGGCAGCUGUUCGCGAAUCUAUUGUGCACAGCAACUAGUACUGGUGCUUCGAAGUCCAGCAUGACAAACGCCGAUACCAAUAUUCACUCCGCAUUACAGUUUCGCUUCCUGGAAGUUCUCGGCGGGGACCAUCGGAUGAAUGACCAACUCAUUUUCGCCGACACCGAUCGGGUAUGGUGGAUGAAAUCAAGAUUUUUGGUGUCAGUUUGUCAUGCAUAGUGUGCAAAAUCGCUUUAAGCUACGAGUUCUGUAUAGCAUGACAAAUUGACAGCGAUUCUGAUUUUCCAUACCAUAUCAAGAGGUGCAAGCCAGUGUGCCGACCUCCACGUCCGCGUUUCUUUGGUCUUUCGUGCCGACGACUUUUGCAGCACAUUGGGGACGAAGAAGUACUAGCACUGAGGCGAGGGCUGAUUCACCAGAAAGUGAGCGUGUCUCUUCACGAGGAGUGGUGGGACAUUCGCGGAACUACAAAACGGAAGGUGGAAUCAGCCCGACCUCACUGUCGCCAUCAACUCGCCCGUCCGCUUCAGAGGGGGAAGUCCGCGGCGGGGAGAGGAUUACAAUACCCCUGCGAAUACGGGACUGCGACAGGGCAGUAGAUCUCAGGGAAAAUAAAAAUAGCAUGACAAAUGAUCCCCCGCCGGCGACUGAUGAGUACUGCAGUCUAGGCGACAUUGUGGAUCAUAUGAUCAGGCUAUCCCUACAGGAAAAUUGAAAUCUGCAAGUUAUCCCAGAGUGGCUUGCGAAAAUGAAAUCUUUCGUUGUACCAACGCGCCCGUCGUGCUUUGCGGAUCACUGUUUAUUUUUCAACACGACCGGCCUGUGGAUGAUCC